AUGUGUAGUUUUCAGAGUGCUGUCUUGAGAUUGGGAGGAAAUCCAAUCACUUUGGACAUUCAAAGUAGUAGUAGUGUAAAGGGUGAGAGUUUGCAAGAUACGUUACGAGUGAUGGAACAAUAUGGAGAUUUAACUGUGAUGAGACAUUCCAAGAGAGGAGUUCAUCAGGAAAUGACUUCAUAUCUGACGAAACCUUUGAUUAAUGCUGGAGAUGGUGAUGGAGAACAUCCAACACAAGCUCUCUUAGAUUUAUUUACAAUUAAGGAAGAACAAGAGAGAGUGGCAAAGUUGAUGGAUUUUAAAGUACAAACUAUUUGUUUAUUUGGAGAUUUAAAAUUUGGUCGAACGGUUCAUUCUUUACUGAGAUUGUUAUACAUUUAUUUCAGAAAUCAACCUUUGAAAAUUUAUUUAAUUUCUCCUGAAGGUUUAAGAAUGCCUCAAUAUGUCAUUGAUGAUUGUGUUCAAUUGGGUGACAAUCAUACACUUAUUGAGACUGAAUCAUUAACACCUGAAAUUAUGAAUGAAUUGGAUGUUAUUUAUGUCACUCGAUUACAAAAAGAAAGAUUCGAAAACGAAGAGCAAUAUUUAAAGUUGAAAUCUUCAUUCUGUUUAAAGAAAGAACAUUUGAAUACUUCUAGAAAUUCUCAUGUUCCAAUCAUUAUGCAUCCAUUACCUCGUGUGGAUGAACUCGAUGAAGCUAUUGACUCUGAUGAAAGAGCAGCAUAUUUCAGACAAAUGAAUAAUGGCAUGUUUAUGAGAAUGGCCAUUUUAGAAAUGUUGUUAAAACAACAGUAA